AUGGGAAGCUGCAGUGUGGAUAGGGUGUUCGAAGUUGGACCAUGCAAAGCUGGUUACGAAAUGGGUCUCUUAAUUGGACAAGGAUUCUCCGAAAUGAUGAGUAGAGUGGUCACAGACCUCAUUCUACAAAACCAGCUUCGACCAUUUCCCCACACUCCUCAAACCACUUUUUUUUUAACAACCAAACCAAAUUUCCAAGGAAGUAGAUUCUGGCGUUUAUUCCAAAAGAAGGAGCAAAAAGUGACAAUGUUGAUACCUCGGAUGAUUGCUCUGAUGUUCUUGUUAUCAGUGAAUCUAUGGCUAUUGCGGCGCACAACGAAGAUGCAAAUGUUGCCCUUGUUGGCCACACCUACUUUAAUCAAAGGAAUCUUGCCGGAUGGACUCUUCUUUGUAGACUGUGCAUUUGGCUUCAAUAGCCAGGGACUGGCAUUCACUCUGGAUUCUGAUCCCCCAGCUGAAGAUGAGAUUGUGGCUGGUGGCAUUGGGCGCAACUUCAUUUCUCGAGACCUUCUUGAAGCUACAAGCAUGGAUGAUGCAAUGAAUAGGAUCAAAUCGUCAGAAGUUUCUGUGGGGCAUUCUUAUAACCUGUUUGAAACAAGCACGCGCAGGAUUGUUAAUGUUGAAACCGCAUCUAGGAAGCGGAUUUCAGUUUAUGAGGUGGGGAAUACACCUUUCUUCCAUGCAAACAUGUACCUCCACCUACCUAUUAAUCAGGCAAGUGAUAGAUACAAAAUCCUGUUUUUUGCAUUUGUCUGAUUCAGACAACCCCAUAACAAAUCACAUGGGCAUGUUUUACUGCUUGGAAAUGUCUCAAUUCACUUCAUCAAAUGAAUAUUUGAACUAUUGAGCAAAUUGCAUGUCAAGAUAUCAUAAAAAAUUCUGAGUGAAACAUGCGUAUCUAAGACUAAAAUAUCAUUUGGAUUUGAUUCAAAGGUACAAGAUGAGAAUUCAAUCAGCAGACAGAAAAGGGCAGCUGUCUUGACAAAAGAAUCAAAAGGGGAUUUCCUGUCACUUCUAGAAGAUAUGGACGACAAAAAAUACCCUAUCUACACGACUGGUAAACUGAAGACAUCUCACAUUUGGAUCCCUUGUUGUACAUAUACUCUUGAUUAUCACUUUUUCUUUCUCCUAUUCUCAGGUCCAUUACUUCACACCCUCUGUACUGCCCUUAUUGAUCUGGAUAAACAAACACUAUCAAUUAUUGAAUGGAAUCCAAAAAAAGGAGAUGUUUCACAUGUUUGCUCUAUCUCCCCUCAAAAGUCACCAUGAUUCUAAAGCAGCCUAAAGUCAUUAGAAUUGCAAAAGAACCUGUUACUGCAGUUCCUUUGUUAUGCUGGUUCAUAUAUAGAGGCCCAAGAUAUGCCCAUCAAUACACCGCAUAGCUGCAACCUUAUCACAUAGAGACCUUACCCAUUUGGUAUCAAAAGCUUUGACAAUAAGUAGUUUUGAAUGUUUAAUUAAAUGAAUCGUUACCUUCCAUGGAUCUCAUAUUUUAUAGGAUCAUCUAGUUCAACUCCUAAUGCCUUUAAUUUAGUUACGGUUCCAUUGAUGUCAGUCACCGUAAAUGAUAGAAAUGAGGAGUAUUCCUUCUGCAUGACGGCCACUGUGAAAUUAAACAUUUUUUGAUGUUUUGUGUAGAAUACAAAUGAUCAAAAUUUUGUCACCGGAUGGUGAUGUGGUAACAUUUCUUAAGCACACUACACUCGAUAAAUAAAACUAGAGAGUUACAAUGCUUUGUUGGGCUUUUUUAUACAAAUGGGUAAAUUUUUUAAAAAAAUUACAGGAAUGAAUAGAUUUUUAAAA